AUGAGAUCUCUCACAUUAUUAACUGUGGUCAUCGCAUGUGGAAUAUCCGUGCAGGUAAGUAAAAAGCCAUUUCUCGACUUUAAUACCUCUAUACCGAAGUUAUAUCCUGAUGAUAUGAAAGAAUCGAACAAAGGCGAACCAUCCAUAGCUAUCAUCGGCGCCGGUAUGAGUGGUCUAUCGGCAGCUCGACGAUUGAUUGAAACUGGACAAAAAGAUAUCGAUAUCUACGAGGGUUUGGACCGCAUUGGAGGACGUGUACAUCCCGUGCCUUACUGUAAGCGUUUUCCAACCAAUCAGAGGGAAGGUGUACGGUAGCC